CCCAAAUUUCCCCCAAAGAGGAGAUCCGGAACCGAACACACCCGUAUUCGCAGCACUACCCAACUCCAAGCCCCGACUUUCACACAAGCCCCCGGCUAGCACGAAGCUCUCGUGUACUCCAGCCCCAGACGCCGCCGCAACCGCUCGCCGUCGCCGGACAUCAGACAGCAGGCGACGCCAUGGCGCCGGAGCCCGAAGACGACAUCAUGAGCGAGAAGAAUCCGCGGCCGCUCGAUGAGGACGACAUCGCCCUCCUCAAGACCUACGGGCUCGGGCCGUACUCGACGAGCAUCAAGAAGGUCGAGAAGGAGAUAAAGGAGAUGGCAAAGAAGAUCAAUGACCUUUGUGGCAUCAAGGAGUCUGAUACUGGAUUGGCUCCACCAAGCCAAUGGGAUCUUGUAUCAGACAAGCAGAUGAUGCAGGAAGAGCAACCGCUGCAGGUUGCAAGAUGCACAAAAAUCAUCAGUCCUAAUACUGAUGACGCCAAAUAUGUCAUAAAUGUAAAACAAAUCGCAAAGUUUGUGGUCGGAUUGGGAGACAAAGUUUCUCCAACUGAUAUCGAGGAAGGCAUGCGAGUCGGAGUUGAUAGAAACAAGUAUCAGAUUCAAAUUCCUUUGCCACCCAAAAUUGAUCCAAGUGUCACUAUGAUGACAGUCGAAGAAAAACCAGACGUGACCUACAAUGAUGUUGGUGGGUGCAAGGAACAGAUUGAGAAAAUGCGUGAAGUUGUUGAGCUUCCCAUGCUUCAUCCUGAGAAGUUUGUCAAGCUCGGUAUUGAUCCUCCUAAGGGAGUCCUUUGCUACGGUCCUCCUGGAACCGGGAAAACGCUUCUUGCUAGAGCAGUAGCCAAUCGCACGGACGCUUGUUUCAUCCGUGUGAUAGGAAGCGAGCUAGUUCAGAAGUAUGUCGGUGAAGGCGCCCGCAUGGUCCGUGAACUUUUCCAGAUGGCCCGAUCAAAGAAAGCAUGCAUCGUCUUCUUUGAUGAGGUUGAUGCCAUUGGUGGUGCUCGCUUUGAUGACGGUGUUGGUGGCGACAAUGAGGUUCAACGCACUAUGCUCGAGAUUGUGAAUCAGCUCGAUGGGUUUGAUGCUAGGGGAAACAUCAAGGUCCUCAUGGCGACCAACAGGCCUGACACCUUGGACCCUGCUCUGCUGCGCCCGGGGAGGCUGGAUAGGAAAGUUGAGUUUGGCUUGCCAGAUCUUGAGGGCCGCACCCAGAUCUUCAAAAUCCACACGCGCACCAUGAACUGCGAGCGUGACAUCCGGUUUGAACUGUUGGCUCGCCUGUGCCCCAACUCCACUGGUGCUGACAUAAGAAGCGUGUGCACUGAGGCAGGGAUGUACGCCAUCCGCGCUCGCAGGAAAACUGUCACGGAGAAAGAUUUCUUGGACGCUGUGAACAAGGUUAUCAAGGGUUACCAGAAGUUCAGCGCUACCCCCAAAUAUAUGGUGUACAACUAGGCAUUCCGGCCUCGUGUUUCUGCCUUUGCAUCUUGGGGCAUCUGAAUUAUUGUUUGCUACUUUUUAUCUCUUACACAAACCCCGAAUAUUUAGUCCGUGAUAUGUUAUUCCGGAUUGAUUCGAGCCAAAAACAUUCAAUUCACGCCCUGAAACUUUUUAUUCA